GUGACAUAAUGACAGUCUUGCAUUUAUAGCAACGCAAUCGUCAACUGGACAGCGCGUAGGAGCUAGUGCCGCGGGACGCCAUGGAAUUAGAAUGGACUUGUUUCAGUAGUCAUUACACUUCGGCAUAAAUGCAUAGCAGACAGCGCCGGGCGCUCUGCGCCCUUCUUCUCGGGGUUGUGUUCAGCAUUUCUUCACUUGCCCGUGCGAACUUGUUUAAUGCCUUUACCUAUGAUGAAGAGGAUUUGGGAACGCCGCUCUUAGCUGGCGAGAACCUUGCCGGGCGCAGCCCCAGCCCCAGCCCUGGCCCUGGCGCGCAGCGCUCCUCCUCCUCCAAAGAUGCCUCCUCCACCACCGCCUCUGCCCCCGGCUCGCCCUCCCUCUCCGCUGGCAUCCGCCCUUUCAUGGCGCUCAAGGUACGGCCCGAGGCGGCGGCGGCACGUGAUGUACAGGUGCUGUACAAGCAGGGCAGCGCCGCCGCCGCCACCGCCUACCUACUGUUCGCGGCAGCGGAGCCGCUAUCGCAGGCGCCGGGCGCCAGUUCGGCGCUGCUGCCGCUGCUGACGCCUGUGCUGCUGCGCACCUACGUCACCCAGCCCGAGCGCUGCGCCUCCGACAUCGCCCGGCGGCUGUACGAGCUGGCUGCGGAGCUGUACGGCACGUCCACACUGCAGGCCUGCCACUACGCGCUGUACCAGUCCCUUCGCUCGGUGUUCGCCUGGGUGCGCGACAACACGCCGCUGGCGCUGGUGCAGCCGCCGGGGCAGCCGGACGCGCGGGUGGCGCUGCCCGACCCCGACCUCACGUCAGACCUGGAGCUGGUGCUGGCGGUGGCGGCGGCGCUUUCGGAUCCAGAGCAGCUCGGACCUGGAUCUGGGUCGGAGGUCGGGGACUGGAUCCAGGGCAGCUGCGGCCUGGAUCCGGAAUCCGCGGCGGGUCUGGUUCCGCGGAUCGUGGCGGUGCUGCGGGACUUGGUGGGCGACGCGCCGAUGCUGAGUCAGCUGGCGGCGGAGCUGCAUGAGUCACACUGGGCGGUUGAGAGCAGCCCGGGGCCGCUGGCGGCGGCGGCGGCGGGGGCGGCGGCGGCGGUUGAGGGCGGCGAGGAGGCGGCCGGCGGAAGCGGGCGCAGCAGCAGCAGUGCCCGGCAGCCACAGGUGCGCGGCGUGGGUGGGAGCCAGGAAGGGGAGCAGCAGCAGGCGGCAGAGGAGGCGGCAGAGGAGGCGGCAGAGGAGGCGGCAAAGGCGGCGGCGGAGGACGCGCAGGCGGAGGCGGGGGCGACGGAGGAGGUGCGAGCACGGCGGCGGGUGGCGCUCCAGGCGUACCGCCGCUGGGCGCGCGGCAGUGGCGGUGGCGGCGCUGGCAAACGACGCAUGACACAUCAGCAGCUCCAGCUCCAGCAGCAGCAGCUGCUGCAGGAGGCGGAGGACGUGGGGGAGGAGGCGGAGGAGCGGCGGCGGCUACUCGAUGUGGUGCUGGCGGCAACACAAGCCGUUGGUGCUGGUGCUGGCGGCGCCGCCGAUGACGAGGUGUCGGCCGGCAGCGGCUCCGACGCCGCCGGUGCAGAUGCCGACGACGCAGCCGACGAUGUUAACAUUGCGGCGGCGCGGCGGCGGCGCUUGGCGGCGGUGCCGUCGACCUUCUUCUACGGCCAAACCCCCAGCGAUUUUAGCAUCUCGGCGCCGUCUGCCAUGCCGGCGGUUACGUUCCCGCUGGUUUUCCACAUCCUGUUGUACACUGACACGGACGGCGUGUCGGUUGGUCCGGUAAAGUACGGCCAGUCAAGGGCGUUCGUUGACCGUCUGGUCAAGAUCACCAACCACAUGGCCAAACCGUCAAACGUACAGUUCUUCGUCAAGGAGGUCCGGUCCGACCCGCAGGCUUACCCCUACCUGCGCCAGCCCUCCCGCGCCGCUUGGCUGUCCUGCCCCCUGGGCGGCGACGGCGGCGGCGCCUGCCUGCGCAACAGCACCUGGCUCAACAGUGUUGUGGUGGACUGGCCGCGUUCCAUCAACGUGUUCGUGGCCUCCGACUCCACCGCGGGCGCGGGCGUACCGUUGGGAUACGCCUGGGUGCCGGCCUCCGACCUGCUGCCCGACCAGGGCCACGUGUUCAUGACGUGGGACGGCGUGUCGGCCGACGGAUCCAACCAGCUCGCGAUGUACAACGACGGAUCCAACACGCUGCUGCACGAGCUCUUCCACCACCUGGGCCUGCACCACACCUUCAACACCGCCAACAGCAACGGCAACAGCUGCAACGACGACGACUACGUCGUCGACACGCCCGCCACGUUUAGCUCCGCCAGCAGCAGCAGCUUCUACGGCACUGCUACAGCCUACUGCAUGUCUGUGUUCUGGGGCGUGUACGGCGGCGACUGGGACGCCACCUACACACGGUGGAGUAGCACCCUGGGCAUUCCCGAGAGCGACAUGAACGCGUGGGCUGACUCCUGCCCCAGUCGCGCCGGCUAUGACGAGCUGGGCAACUACAUGACGUACAACACGCCCGUGUGCUUCGCGGCGCUUGGGCACCUGACGCUGGGGCAGGCCCAGCGCGCGCAUUUCAUCACCUCGGAGCUCAACCCCACCCUGUACCGGUGGGGGCAGUACUACGCCUCAAUCGCCGCGCCCCCUCCGCCGGCGGCCUCGCCGCCGCCCGAAGCCUACACCAACAUCUGCAAGGCCAGCCGCAGCAACUGCGCCUGCAAGCCGAGCUGGACCCUGGGCAUCACCACAUACAGCUUCUGCGACCGCAUCGGCGCCAACAACUCGCUCUCGUGCGAGGUGGCCGACCCCGCCUCCUGCGGCGACUGCUCCGGCGUGUCGGGCCCAUGCAUCCUGGGCUGCACAGGCACGGCUAGGCAGUGUCGCAAGUCGCUGGCGCCAGGCUUUGCCGCGCCGCCACCGCCGCCACCGCGCCCGCCGUUGCCGCCGCCGCGCCCGCCGCCGCCGCCGCCGCGUACGGUUUCUGACGCCUGCAAGAAAACCGCCUCCGGCUGCGACUGCCGCUCCUCCUGGAUCUACAAUGACAAUUUCGCCAGCUACUGCGCCGCACCCGACGGCGCGCCCGUGCUGUGGUGCCAGGUGGACGCCGCCUGCCCCACCUUCGCAGACAACCCCUACGCCAACUGCGCCCCCAGCCUCACCUCCGCCCAGUGCGGAGGCGACCUGGUCCGCUACUCCAAUAGCGACAACCUGGCCCCAGCCCUGCCCGCCUCCCCGCCCGCCCCGCCGCCUUUGCCGCCGCGCCCGCCCGCGCCGCCGCCCAACCCGCGCCCGCCCGCGCCCAGCAGCGUUGCUGUUGCGCGCACCUCGGGCUCUGUGGCCAUCUCCGCCAACUGCUCGCGGCUGCGAGACCCCGGCCUGGCGCUGGGCGACCUGCAGCUGGAGCUGGCCACGGCGGCGCAGGUGCCGGAGGGCUCGGUGGUGUUCGGUGCGGGCGGCGCCGCCUGCAGCCCGGACGACGCCGCCCUGCUGCUCGCCAACUAUACCGUGUGGUUCCCGCCCGAGGCCAGUGCGGUGGAGAUCUCAAACGCUAGCAGGCUGCUGGGCUCCGCCGCCCGCCUGCGCGCCGCCGUGUCGGCUCUGUUCACGGCGCGUUGGGGCGCAGUGGCGGCCGCCGCCGCCGGCAGCCCCGUGGUGCUGCGGCAGGCCGCACUGGUGGGCUCUGGGCCCUACUUUGCGAUGCGGCCGCUCAACUACAGCUCGGGGGUGGUGGAGGCGCUGCUGCCGGACGGAAGCCUGGGCGUGGUGUGUGCCGGAAGUUCCUCCUCCUCCUCCUCCUUUGGUGCGGCCGAGGCGACAGCGGUGUGUCGCUCGCUAGGCUUCACUGCCGGCGCAGCCGCCAGCGCGCCGGCCUCCGCGGCCUCCGACACCCGCUACGGCUCAGCCCUUUACUUGGACGGUCUGUCGUGUGACAACGCCGCGGCCACACGGCUGGAGCAGUGCUCGGUGGCGGCCACUGGCGGCUGGGCGGUGGCGGGCGUCAGGUGCGGCCGCGGCGCCGUGGCAGCAGUCACAUGUUCAGGCGGCACGGCGGCCAGCCUCGACGCCAAUGUGACACUGGCCUUCGCCGCCGCCGCCGACUGCGCCGCCGCCGCAGGGCUGGGCAGCGGCGGCGUGUUGGCGGACCUUUUCACAGAGCUAGCAAACAGGGUGUACAAGGUUUCUGCCGGCCGUGUGGUGCUGCGCGGCGGCAGCCCGCUGGCUUGCUCCGGCCCCGGCGCCGACCAGCUCCGUGUCGCCUACACGGUGCAGUUCCCCGCGGGCGCCAAGGCCUCGGAGGUCGACGCCGCACAGAACGCCACUAGCGCCGCCGGCCUGGGGGGCAGCCUGGCGGCCUCGCCCUUCGCGGCCAAGUGGGGGCUGGCCGGCGGCGCGCCGGUGACGGACGCGGGCGCGGACACAGGCGUGGCGCUGGACAGCGCGGCAUUGUGUGGCGGCAGCAGUGGCGCCGACAGCUCGAGCACGCGCGUGUGUGUGGCCGUGGCGCAACUGGCUGGCGAGGGCGGAUCCGGCAGCAGUCGUGGCGGCGGCGGCGGCGGAGAGAGCUUCCUCAACAAGGCAUUGCUCGGCCCGCUAACGGGUGCCAUGGUCAUUGGCAUCGGCGCCGGCGUCUUGGUGCUGAUCGCGCUGGUCAUUGGCGGUGUGGUGUUCUUGCGCCGCCGCAGCUCCGCACGCGUGCAGCCCGGGCGCGGCGCCGCCGCGUCCGCCUGGGGCGCCAACAGCGCUGGCGGCGGCGGCGGCAGCGGCGGCAGGCCCGCCGCCGCCACCGCCGCCGUCACGCCCGCGCCCGCCGUGUCGCGGAGCCGUGUCGCCCCGGCGCCCGAGGUACGGGCACUGGACAGCGAUGCAGACAUGGCGCGGCCGAUGGUGACGUCAGCGGCGGCGGCGGCAGCGGCGGCGGCGGCGGCGGCGGCGGUUGGCGCCGCCGCCGGCGACAGCGUGACGUCGUCGGUGGCGCCGCUGCCGCUGCCGCGGCAGUUGGUGGCUGUACGGAACGCAGGGGCCGCGGCCGGCGGCGGUGGCGGCGGCGGCGACGACUCCGAUGUGGAGUCCCCCGUAGUUCGCUCGCUUCCGGAGCCUUCAUCACUGGCGGCGGGCCGGCCGGGCGUGGGGCCGCCGGGCGCCGCCGGUGCGGAGGCGGCGCCGUCGGAGCCGGAGCUCAUUGGCCCCGUCAGCCGGCCGCCGCCGCGCGGCGGGCUGGCGCCGCUGGCGCCGCCGGCGGGCGGGUCGUUGCGGCCGACGCCGCUGGGCGACCUGCGGCGCUCGGGCGGGGGCACGCCGCUCGCGGCGGAGCCGGAGCUGCUGCUGCCGCCGCCGGCGGGCGCGCGGCGUGGCGUGCUGCCGCCGCUAGACGGCCCGGGGCCGGCGGGGCCGCUGGGCGAGGGGCGGCUGGUGCCGGGGCCUCCGCCGGCGUCGCCGGCGGGCGCGUUGGCGGCGGGGGCGGUGGCGGCUGCGGGACCGGGGCUGCGGCAUGAGGCGGCCCUUGUGUCUGAGUCGCCGGGGCCCCGGCCCAAGAGUUCGCGCCGGACGUUGCUUUGAAGCCAGCUAGCCGGCUGGCUUGAUAUCAGAUGUGUGUAAUGUUAAGAGAUUGUCGACGCAGUAUGGCUUCAAGUAACAGCGGUGAGCUUGUGCUCGUUAGCUAGCGAGCUGCCUAGCUGGCGUGCGCCUCGUGUGAUUGCUACUAGCAUGUGAUGUGUGUCUUGAUGCAUCCUCACCUCUACAUUCCGACUCUCGUCCCUUGUAUCACGAUCGAAGAGACAAUGCACCGGACUCGCGUGACGCUGGCUACUAGUUGGAAUCUAUCUGGUAGGAAUGGCACUACUUGAAAUGUUUUGGGGCAACCGGGGAACAGUCCUGGGUGCUUACCGGUUGCGUGCCUGAUGUGUGCGGCAUUCAUAUUCAUAAAUGAAACAUUAUGACAAGCGUACGGCGGGUGGAUUCGGACGUAGCUCCUCGCAGGACGGGACCGGCGAGCCCGGUAACUAGCCUUGGAAUAGCUGCGGUUGUUUGAGAGUUGGGGCAGCAGUUUGGGAGUUUAGCGUUGCGUAUGCUUGGCGUCCCUUGGCGCAACAUCUCAAGCCAGUGUUGCUGGUAUAUGGCUGUGUUGUGUAUGUGUAGGCUAGGUGCCUGAGGACCCAAGGACUUGCAUGCAGUACCUAGGGGACACACGCACGUGUCCUAAUUCGCUUUGUCGCCAUCUGUCAGUUCAAUGCUGGCCUUACUGGCGCGUACACGGUCCUGACUCACCAAGGCGCCUGCAAUGUGAUACAUUAUGUGAUGAGCUGAGGAGCAUACAGUUCCAAUGCACGGCGCUGUUCUGCUAUUUCCUGUUCGGAAGCAUCCACAGCGUUCCGUGGCAAUACAUGAAUAUGU